AAGGAGCAGCUGUAAUCACAUGGGAUGCUGUUCGGCUUAUGGGUCCUGCAACCCCCCCUCCCUUUUUCUCUCCCUCGCCCCGUCUUUCUUUCGUCCUUUUUUUCUUUUCUUUUCUCCUACCGACAAUUAUGAGGUCUGAACCAUAAACAGGAAAUUUUGCAGACUGGGUAACUCGUUGAAAAUCCUUCUUUCUUUUCUUUCUGAUUCUUCGCAGGGAAUUUGUUGCCAUGGCCGACGAUAAGAUCUACUUUCUUUCGGAUCAGCACUCUUCGCUCUGGAUUUUGUUGACUUGGUGUAGUUUCUGGAGAUGCAUGCUCCUGUAAUGGAUAGGAAUGAUACAGUCACGGGGCAUAUAAUUUCAACAACUAUUGGAGGCAAGAAUGGAGAACCUAAGCAGACAGUUAGUUACAUGGCCGAGCGAGUUGUAGGGACUGGUUCAUUUGGAAUUGUGUUUCAGGCCAAAUGCAUUGAAACUGGAGAGACUGUGGCUAUAAAGAAGGUUUUGCAAGACCGAAGAUACAAAAACCGUGAACUGCAGUUAAUGAGGACAAUGGAUCAUCCUAAUGUUGUUUCCUUGAAACAUUGUUUCUUUUCAACAACAAGCCAAAACGAGCUUUUUCUCAAUUUAGUUAUGGAGUAUGUCCCGGAAACCAUGUUUCGUGUUCUGAAGCAUUUUAGUGACAUGAACCAGAAAAUGCCACUCAUCUACGUUAAACUUUACACCUAUCAAAUUUUCAGAGGGUUGGCCUACAUGCAUUCUGUUGCCGGGGUGUGCCACAGAGACUUGAAGCCUCAAAAUGUUUUGGUUGAUCCUCUAACUCAUCAGGUUAAGAUAUGCGAUUUUGGAAGUGCAAAAGUAUUAGUGAGAGGGGAAGCAAACAUAUCAUACAUCUGCUCGCGAUUUUAUCGGGCUCCUGAACUCAUUUUCGGUGCAACUGAAUACACUACUUCAAUUGAUAUCUGGUCUGCGGGUUGUGUCCUUGCUGAGCUUCUUCUGGGCCAACCUUUGUUUCCUGGGGAAAAUGCUGUGGGUCAGCUUGUGGAAAUCAUCAAGGUUCUUGGAACUCCAACGCGAGAGGAAAUUCGUUGUAUGAAUCCAAACUAUACUGAUUUUAGGUUUCCACAAAUAAAAGCUCAUCCUUGGCACAAGGUUUUUCAAAAACGGAUGCCACCUGAAGCAAUAGAUCUUACUUCUAGGUUGCUGCAAUACUCUCCAAAUCUCCGUUGCACUGCACUAGAAGCAUGUGCACAUCCUUUCUUUGAUGAACUUCGAGAACCUAAUGCUCGAUUGCCUAAUGGUCGCCCAUUGCCACAUCUAUUCAACUUCAAACAGGAGUUGGCUGGUGCCUCUCCAGAUCUCAUCAACAAGCUAAUACCAGACCAUGUGAAAAGGCAAAUGGGUCUACAGUUUUUUGCAUCCUACGAGGGCAUGACGUAAAAUAGACUAAUGGUGAGUAAUGCUAGUUGAUGGGUUAACAAACACGGCAGAUUCUAAAUCACCUCUAACUGAGGGUUAGCCGGACCAGCGGCUUCUCUUGAGGUACGAGGACAAGUACAGAAGGCGGCAGCCAGCAGGCGUCUCUGGAUUGUUUCUUCUAUACAUGCAGUUUUUACCUUUUCCUGCGCGAUUGCCGGUUCCUCUCUGAGCACAGCAUACCUGGAAAGGGAAUGAUCCUUUUUGUGUAUAUGUUUUGGUUACUGAUAAAAAAGCAUGCAGCAGUCAAGUUAUGAAGUGUGUAUGAAUAGAUAUCUCUGCCCCAAAGGAGCAUCCGGAUCCAAAAUGGUGGGUUCGGGUUUUUUUCUGUUUUGAUCUGCUUCUCUUCUGUUUCUACUUGUUACGGCUGCCCUCUCCCCUAUACAUGUUGUGAAAGGAAAUUAUUGCUUAUUAUGCCAAGUAAUCUAUUCUACCCCUUAAUUACA